AUGCCAAAAAUUGCUAUUUUGAUUUACUCAGUGGACAACACAAUCGCCAAAUUAGCAGAAAAUGAGAAGAAGGGUAUUGAGAUAGCUGGUGGUGAGGCUGAGAUUUUCCAAGUGCCAGACAUUAACUACAAAAGUGAUUUGGAACAAGAAGAGGAGGGAGGCAAAGCCAGGAAGACCAAUGCUGAUUUCCCCUACAAGAUCGUAACAAGAGAAACGUUGGUCGAGCACGACUACUACUUAUUAGGUAUCCCUACUAAGUUCGGUAACUUCCCUGCGGAAUGGAAAAACUUCUGGGAUUCUAACACUGGUGGUCUUUGGGCGAAAGGUUCCCUCCAUGGUAAAAUUGCCGGUUUGUUCGUUUCGGGCGCAAUAAGCGGCAAGGGGGAUACAGAAAUGUGCAUUAUGAACGCAAUGAGUACCCUUGUCCACCAUGGAAUCAUCUACAUCCCAUUAGGGUACAAAAACGCUUACAAGGAAUUGACCAACAUUGACGAUGUCAACGGCUCCUGCGCUUGGGGGGCAGGAUGCGUCUCUGGAGUAGACGGCGACAGACCUCCCAGUGUGUCGGAGUUGAAAGUUCACCAACUUCAAGGGAAGACGUUUUACGAGCGCAUUAAAGAUUUGUAA